AUGGCCUCAACACAAUCACCGCAGCAUGCUGUACAAGAUGCUUUCGCCACUGGCCUCGGCGACAACGCAGAUGUCCCUGCGCUCGCCUCGCCGCUCCCAGAACCACAAGAUAAGGUGGAUCAACCAAGCCUCGGCAUAGGUCGUCCCUCCAUCGGACUCGGCUCACAGCCAUCCUCGUCGUCAUCUUCCAGUCGUGCUGUAAAGUCCAACCUUCUUGGCGCAGAUGGCUUCGGUUCACUCGGCGCAGCUCUUUGGGCCCAGCGCGAGGAGAGCGUAGUACGCAAUCGUCAGGGUAGCGUACUCACCCGCGGUCUCAUCCUCAAGACGGACCACUUCGCUGGCGGUGCACGUCAAUCCCAUCUCAACCUUCACCUACAAGGCGCUCCUAACUUCCGCAAAGCAGACUGCUCUCUCGAAGUCUAUGGUGUCGCGCAGCCCACCAUCACCGGUCUCAAGACCAUCCUCUCCGUGCUCAAUGCUCGUCCCGUCAAGGAGAACAACGGCUCGCAAAGCUUCGAGCUGCGUCUUCCGAGUCGCUCCGCAACAGCCUCGAGCUCAUCCCCACCCUUCGCGUCGCCUGACAUCUCGUCUCCCGCAGCUCAAACGUCAGGUGCGUCUGCUGGCGCAAACAAUCGCAAACCCUCAGCACGACUAGAAAAGCCACGCAGGUGCGUCUGGGUCUGCACAAGAGAAGAGCCCGUCAUCUACGUCGGUGGCAGGCCGUUUGUGCUGCGAGAGGCCGAGCGGCCCGUCAGCACAUUCUCGCUCAGCAUGCGCGCCGACAACCUUGAGGCCAUCGAGUCUCGCCUCAAGCAGGAUAUUCUACGCGAGUCAUCCAAGCACGGAGGCCUGCUCAUGGUUCACGAAGAGACCGCCACCGGUAGCAUCGCACCCACAUGGAUCGCCGUCGACGACGCUUCCGUUCACACCGUCCGCGAAGUGUGGGAGCGUGUCAAGGCCGAAGGUUGGAGGGUGGACUACCACCGCAUUCCCAUCGCCGAGGAUCAAGCCAUCGAGAACAACUAUCUAGACGCCUACACACAGGUCAUCAAAGACCUCGACCCUAGAGAGACAAGCCUCGUCGCCAACUGCGGUAUCGGAUUCACGCGAACCACUUUCGCCAUGGUCGCUGCUGUCAUCCUGCGAAGAAAGCAGAUGCUCUUGCUCGGCCAUGAGGAUCCGUUCGCACACAUCUCGGAACAGCAAAAGUCUCCGCUACAAACGCCCAACAACGGCACACCUCACUCAGGAGUCGCUCGAUCCCUUCGUCAAGCCAACGAGCAACAGGCGCAGAACCUUUCGCUGCUGAGGCUCAUUCGUGUCCUCAAUGUCAGUCUCUCGACCCGCGACUCGCAGUCCACCAUCGAGAUUCUGCUUUCCAACCCAGCGCUACUCGAGUCGCUACGCAAAGCAAACUCAGGCGACUACGGCGUCAUCCGACAGCUCGCUGGUCUCCUCGAUGAAGGUCUCGAGAAUAAGGCCGUUGUCGACGUCGCCAUCGACUGCUGUGCUCAUGUCACCAACUUGCGAGAGACCAUCCUUUCGUCCCGAAUCCGCUACUCGACUGAUGCGCUCGACGAGGCACAGGCCACCUUGCACCUCGAAAAAGCAGCCAAGUCGCUCGAAAAGUACUUCUUCCUCGUCGCCUUUGCCAGCUAUGUCGGCGCCACCAAAGCAGCCACCUUCCAACACCGCUUCGCCAAUUGGCUCAAGAACCGCGCCGAGAUCUGGCGUGGCAUUCAGCUCAUUCGUUCCAAGGGUCGCCGUCUCUACUUCUUCGACCCCGUCGGCGAUCUGCGCAUUCUCAGCGGAGGCAAGGCCGGCGAGCUGGUAGCCACCUCGGACAAGCUGCAGAGCCGCUUCGGUGAGGUCUCGGGGCAAGGUGCGCAGGUGCCUGGCGACGAGUUUGCCGACUAUGUCAUCCGCAAUCGCGCCGGUAUCGUCUUGCGUCCCUUUACGCUGCUCAAGUGCGAUAUCUGGCGCAAGUUUAUCGAGCGCAAUGCAGGACUGCCGAUCCGCGGCACCGUCAACUUCCGCCGCAUCCCCGGCAGCAACAUCUUUGCUACGGGUCAACCUACCGUCGACGGUAUCCGCAACGUGCUGGCCGCGCUUCAGGAGCAUUAUGCCAGCAAGACGGACGCAUCCAGCUACCCGACCCGCAACGUCACCUGGAUCAACCUGCGCGAGGAGCCCAUCGUCUACGUCAAUGGGAAGCCGUACUGUCUGCGCCAGAAGGGCAUGUCUUUGCGCAACAUCAAAGCGUACAGCGGCAUCAACUGGGAUCGACUGUUGCUACUCGAGGACCGUCUCAAGAACGACGUUGUCAAUGAGCUGGCGACCGGCGAGGGCAGACUGCUGCUGCACACCGAGACGUCGGACGGAACCGUGAUUCCCAUCUGGGAAGAGGCCACGCCAGCGGAUGUCGACACGCUGCAAGAGAUCAUGACCAACUUGGGCACCGAGCUCAAGCAGGACGUCCAGCUGCGCUUCCGCAGGAUCCCUAUGACGGCCGAGAAGCCGCCCGACUUUUCCGACAUCAGCGAGCUCCUCUCGACGGUGCUGCAGGCGAACGUGGAGCGACAGCCGAUCGUGCUCAACUGCCAGCUGGGCAGGGGGCGAAGCACGAUGACCGCAGCGCUGAUCCUGAUGAUCGCCAAAUGGCUCCAGCAGGGGCAGAGCAAGUUGCAAGAGAUUCACGGCGAGUCGGGCGAUGCCCCACACCACACCAACGGCGACGACUCGGACGGACUGCGACCGUCUGUUUCGGCGCACGACAGCGGUUCUGCCACUCCCUCUGCUCGCGACACUGUUCAUGCCGAUCUGCUCGACGACAACCCUAUCACCGCAUCCAGCGACGAGAAUCUUCCUUCCAAGCGUCCGCCCCUCAGCUACCACGUGAUUAACAGUCUCCUCCGCGUCAUCCCGCGUGGUCUCGAGGUCAAGAAAAUGGUCGAUGAGGCCAUCGACCAAUGCGCCACCGUCACCAACCUUCGCGAAUCCAUCGAGAUCAGCCGUCUCGCCGCCGAAGACACGGAAGACGACUCUCUCCGCAAGAAACACCUCCAAUCGGCCAUCCACAACCUGCGCCGCUACUUCCUCCUCAUCGUCUUUCAGUCGUACCUCACCCAGACGCGUCCGGAUCUGCUGGAGGCCUCACCUAGCUUCCGAUCGUUCGUGACGCGCCAACCGGUGUUCGAGACCAUCGCCAAGGAGUUCGACAAGAUCGACAUCUCGACCAUCAUGCCGUUGCAGAAGGUGGAUGCGAGCGAUGGGAUGGCGCUGUCGGACGAGGUGCAGGAGGUGGUGAGUCAUCGAUCCGGCAGCAUCCUGUCGGCGUAUACCAUGUUGAAGUCGGAUUUCUUCAGUGGAAUUUUGAAGCUGGGUUUGCCGGAGAGGAUUGAGGGGAUGCCGAACUUGCGGGGGGUGCCGUUGUUGUUGACGCCUCCGACGGCGAAUCAGCAGGUGGGGACGCCGAUGACGCCUAAGACGCCGCUCAUGAUGCACGGUCGGGAGACGUGGGGUUCGGGAAUGCCGACCGUGGAUGGUCUACGUCGUGGUUUGACGAGAAUGGGCGCCGCUCCGGGUGGACCAGCAAAGGUCGUCUGGACGUCGCUGAGGGAGGAACCCGUGCUGUACGUCAACGGUCGCCCCCACGUCCUUCGCCUCGCCGACCAGCCUAUCACCAACAUCGAAGCUACAGGCGUUACCACCGACGUCGUAGAGGGAAUGGAGCUGGCACUCAAGAACGACAUGCUUCAGGAAGCCGCCCAGCGCGGAGGCCGCGUGCUGCUGCACGACGAAACCGAGAUCCGCCAAGGCGAAUUCGAUAUCAUCCCCGUCUGGGAGACCGUUCGCGAAGGAGACGUGCUGACGCCGCGCGAAGUGUACGAGCUGGUACAGCGUGAGGGGUUCAAGGUGGACUAUGCGCGCUUGGCGAUUACGGACGAACAGGCGCCCGUACCGGCGGUGUUUGCGCAGUUGGAAGAACGGGUCAUCACAGCGUUGCAGACGGGCAGCGCGUGCGUGUUCAACUGUCAGAUGGGGCGAGGGCGCACAACCACGGGUAUGGUCAUUGCAAGCCUCGUAUCGACAGUAUGGCACUACGGCGAUCAAUUGGUCGCAAGCUACGAGAUGUCCGGCUCACUCAUCCUACCUUCGUCCACAUCGGACGCUGGCGAUGGCGACGAAUCGUUCGGUCAACCUAAGGACAACCUCGAUAAUCGCGAAGGGGAUCUCUGGCUCCAAGGCGAAUGGCGGACCAUCCUGCAACUCGUCGGCGUUUUGUCUCACGGUAAGCUCGCAAAGAAACUCACGGAUAGGGCAAUCGAUCGCAUGGAAGCAGUCCAAAACCUGCGCAAGGCGAUCUACGACUCGAAGCUCCGCGCGGACAAUGCCGAGCCUGGUACGAAGAAGCAUACGCAUCUCACGACUGUUUUUACGAACUACCUCCAGCGGUAUGGAUAUCUGAUCACGUUCGCCAACUAUCUGUUGGAGAAGAGCGAGGCGGAUGGGUUCGUGCCGUUGUUCAGCGGAUUGGGCGGGUCGGCGAUGGCGGUCGAAGAGGAGACAAAGGGAAACAGGGGAAGGAGCGAGUCCAUGUCGAGCAGUUUGUCGAGCUCGAUGCUGGUCGAGGGGAGGAGGUUCCCAAGCUUCCUCGGUUGGUUGCAACCCAGACGCGAGAUUGGCAACAUUCUCGGUCGCGAUCGACUCGAGUGA